AUGUCUCCAAACAUGACCUGCGUAAACAGCCACUCGUUCUCUCCACGGCUGACCGUGGCUAAGAGAAAGGAAGCGCUGGAGCUCAGAAAGACCAUGAAACCGUUGAUGGAGAAACGCCGGCGCGCUCGCAUCAACGACAGCCUGGAUAACUUGAAGAGCCUUAUCAUCCCCCUUACGGGCAAAGAUAAGUCCCGCUACUCAAAGCUCGAGAAGGCAGACAUCCUCGAGAUGACUGUUCGGUUCCUCGGAGAGAUCCCAAUGAGCGGCAAAAAAAGUACCUCUGACAGCUACAAAGAAGGCUAUAAAGCGUGCCUGGACCGCGUGUCCGCUCUGCUGCCCCAAACCAGCAUGGACCAAGGCGCGUGCCAGCGCGUCAACCAGUUCAUCCAGCAGUCCUCCUCUGCCCCCAUCACCCCGACCUGCAGCAACUGCUGUGCCCAGAGCUCCAUGGCUCUCCCCCAGAUCCAGCAGAGACUCAUGAACCUCAAAUCCAGCUUGGGCCCCCGCGCGGGGCUCCAGUCCCCGAACCUCAACCACCGCGCCCAGCCGGCCCCACAAGCAGCCAGCCCCGACAUGUGGAGGCCCUGGUAG